AUGGGACAUAAAGCACCAAAAAAGGUUAACAAAAAACAUAGCAAUGGAGUAAAAGCUCAGAAUGGACAGAUUGUAUGUAUACGUGAAUAUGAGCCUGCAGACAAACCAGUGGUGCAGCAGAUUUUUUCCGAAGGCCUGAUGGAGAUGGUACCAGACACUGCUUUUGGGGGUUUGAGACAUCACCCCGAGAGUCUCCUGCUUUAUGCUGCUAUGACAGGUCUGUGUUUUGCUGUCACCAUGUGCUGGUGGGUGAUAGGACUCCUCCCAGCCAUUGUGGUUUGUGCGCGCUACUUCUGCAGCAGACAUGUGAUCCUCGGUUACCUGAAGCAAGCCGUGAGCACGGACAUGGGAGACAUCGAGGGGUUUUACAUGAAAUCACCAGGCUCCUGUCUGUGGGUAGCAGUGCUGGACGACAAGGUGGUGGGUGUUGUAGCAGCAGUCAACCAGCAGGAUUUAGGCGGUGCAGUCGAGCUGCAGCGGAUGUCCGUCGACCGGAGAUAUCGACAGUGGGGAAUCGGUUUUGCGUUGGGACAGAAAGUUCUGGAGUUUGCGGCCACUCAUGGAUACUCCUCAGUUGUCCUGGGAACCACUGCUUAUGCACCGGCAGCCCACCAGCUCUACCAGCGCCUCGGCUUCCACUGUGUGGGGGCCACCAACGGGUACGUCACACCCGGUGCAAAGCAGUCCAUACUGGAAAGGAUUUUCUACAGGGUCCGCCAUCAUCACUACAGGCUCAGUGUGCACAACAGCAAAAUCAUUUCAAAUGGACAGCGUUGAUUUCAGUGACAGAACAGACGGCUAAUCUGAAGGGACUGACCUGACAAGAAAUGCUCAUGUUGGUGCUUUCUUGUCAAAAUGUUGAGAUGUUGUGACUUUAGUUACCCAAACUUAACCAAACCGUGAUCAUAGAAAACGCUCAAAAGACCAUUUCUUCUGGUAGGUUUGGAGCCCUGGGAACAUGAUUACAUGUGUCAGGUUAAAAAAAAAAAAAAACACACCUAUUCUGUGUUUUAGAUAGGUGGACUUUUUGAAAGUGUGAUGACAGAAAUACAAUGUGUACAUGUUUUGUUCAACAUUUCUAUUUUUUUUUUUUUAAACUAUUCUGAUGUGUAUAUAUAAA